AUGGCAUCAUAUGUUCCAAAUUCAACUGGUUUUGGUGGGAUGGGAGGUAAUGGAUAUUAUAGUGGUGCUUCUAUUGAUUAUGCAGGUGCUGGUGGUGGAGGAAGUUCAUUUAUUUCAGGAUAUGAAGGUUGUAUUGCUCUUAAUAGUGAUGCAGACAACUCUCCAAAUCCAAAUAACUCUUCUAUCCACUAUUCAGGUAAAUAUUUUAUUAAUCCUAUAAUGAUCCAAGGAAAUAAUUAUAUGCCUCUUUACACAUCAGAUUCUUAUGGUAUUGGAAAUUUAGGACGAUGUGUUAUUCGAAUUACAGUCCUAUCCCAUUUCAUUUGUACCGAUCAGCGUAAUUAUAUUCUUGAAUUAAAUCUUGUUAAAAUUUCUUUAGUUUUUAUCGAAAUGUAA